AUGGCGACCGGAGGUUGGGUGGCAGAUCUUGACAAGAAAGAACACAAAAACUGGGUUUUGGUUGGAUGCGCUCUGAACAUUGCCAAAAAUGGAAUUUCACCAAAACUCCAAAAGGAAAUGGAAGCCUGGUACCGAAACCUCAUUUCAAGCCCUCCGCUCCAAUCUCUUUCACCAUGCACUUGUCCGUCUCGUGCUACCAAAUGUGCUUCUUGUACUACAUGGGAAGCGGAAUUGUCACGUCAUCACAUGGCACCACGACCAAAGAUAUGCUGGAACAACAGUGACAAAAAUCAAUGGGGAUCUCCGGCUGGGGCGUGGGAAGUAGCUAAACUUUUCAUGCCAACUCUUGGAACCAGGAAAAUGGAUGUUGUCGACGCUGAAACAACGGACAUUGGUGGUCUCCUAAACUUAAUGGAAUGGUGUCCUUUUCUCACUCCCCCAGUAAAUAAAACAGUUCUAUGUGCAGCGAGAGAUGAGUGUAGGAAUCAUUGGGCGCAUUCUCCAAAGCAAGAGAUUGAAGAUGUCGAUGUGCCAACCAUAUUUUCGCAUCUGAAUAAUUUGUUGAGUGACCCAGUGUUUAAUGCGGACAAAGAUGCCCAAAAGGCUUCGCAACACUUGCAAGACUUAUUCCAUCAAGGUCUGGUCAAUGUCAGGAAUUCUGAGAUGGAGGCCCUUCAUUUGUUACGUCAGUCGCUUGCAUCAGAUCUGACAAAAUGCCAAGGUGAUUUAACUGAUGUUCAGACGAAAGUUGCUCAAGUAGAUGCAGAGACUAAGAAAUUGUACAUGGCAGCUCAGAAAGAUUUGUCUGACGUAGAAAAAAUAGCUGGUGUGAACAAAGACGACAUUGGUGCGUUAAAAGCACAAGCGGAGAAACUUGAAGUCGAUAUUCAGAGCGACUUAUCUGAAGUAAAAGAACAAGGUGAUCUGAACAGGGAAGACAUGCGCAAGUUGAGGGAGGAGCUGGAAACGCAUUUAAGAGAUGUAGAGGCCUACCUCUCCACUGAGAUAUCCACAGUACUCCGCAGUGUUGAUGAUUUCAACACUGUACUGGAUCAAAGAGAUGACCUGCAAGGAGACCUAAAUGUUCUCCAUGAUGAUGUGGAAGUGGUAAGAAAUAGAAUGGCCAACGUUGUCUGUGACCUGAAUAUGAUACAGUCUAAAGUAUUAAACUUUGAAACUAACCUCGCAAGUGUAAAAAGUGCAGUGCAAAAGGUAACCAUCAAGAUGAAUACAACCGAAACCAAGAUUUCUGGCUUACAGAAGGAUUUCAUGGAUGUAAAGGAAGUGGUGGAUAGCUUGAAAGAAAAUAGUUUUCAAGCAGAGACGGGCAAUGAUGAGGACAUAUUUUGCACCGCACCAAGUAGGUUACCUUCAUUUACUGGGCGUACAACAGCUCUGAGUUGGCUUGAAAAGAAUCUUGUCCUAGAGAGUAGUGUUCAAAGUGGUGCAAAAACUUCCUGUUGUACAAAAACGAUAUGCGGGCUUGGCGGCUGUGGCAAGACGUUACUGGCCGUGGAAUUCGCGUGGAUUAACAAAAGUCGAUUCCCAGGAGGCGUGUUCUGGAUCAACGGAGAAAGUGAUGAAAAUAUAAAUAAAUCAGUUGCAGAGAUACUUUCUCUGAGAAACAUUCCUACCUCAACAAAUGACAGCAUCAAUGACGUGUUAAACAGGUUCCUUACCUGGUUGUCGAGGAAGGAACACCUGUGGCUUCUUAUGAUGGACAAUGUGGACGAAUUGCAAGAUAGUACGUGUCCCAGAGGUGUGAAGAAGAUAUGCAAGGGACCGUGGCAAAGAGCUGGUAAAUCACUAAAGAACGGUCACAUACUUUUAACAACAAGGCAAAAUGCAAAGGACGCCAGAGCUUUCUUGAUGUCUUCAAUUGAUGACUUUUUGGAGUUGCCAUGCUUAAGCGUAGAAGAUGGCGCUUUGUUCCUCAUGAAAAGAACUGGUCUUAAAGAAGAGUCCCUUGAUCCAGGUGCUAUUUCACUGGCGAAAGAACUAGGUGCAUUGCCACUAGCCCUGGAGCAGGCAGCCGCAUACAUAACAGCAUGUCCUAUCCCACUGACUUUUACUGAAUACCUAGAAAAGUAUCAAAAGGUAAAAGUGCGCCUCUUACAACAACAACCUGUUACAGCACUUAGCAUGGAAGCUCGACAUCGGUUGUCGGUAAAUACAACUUGGGAGAUGAAUUUUGAAUAUGUAAAACAACGAUCACCAGCUGCCGCCACUAUGAUGCAAAUAGCGGCCUUUUUGGAAUCUGAAAAUAUCCCAAUUGAUGUAAUCAAUUCUGGCACUCCUGAAUUAGAACAAGAAGAGUUAAGGGAUUGCGCGCGUUCAAAGUUUGACAUCGCCGCCCUUCUGAAGGUGCUGUCAUGCCAUUCCCUUUUCUCAGUUGAUCAUCAUGUCAAAGUUUUCAGUGUCCAUAAACUUGUUCAAGAAGUUGUCAGAGAUAGUCUUACUACAAAGCAAAGGGUAGAAACACUGGUAGCAGCCACUCGACUUCUUUGUUCAGCAUUAAAAGCAAAAACCAGUGGGACCUGUGUGAAUUUUUUUAAACAUGACACUUUACCAAAUUUAUCAGAAUUAAAAGAAGAGGAAAGAAGUCUUGUCAUUGCCCUUAUUUUAAAUGUACGCAGGUUAAAGAAUCAUAUUCAAGAAGAAAUUGAUUCUUCACAUUUAGAUGACAAUUUGACCCAUUUUCUUUGCAGCAAUGACCUCUUUUAUCUAUGCCGCUUCGCAAAAUCUUUAAUUUUGAACAACGUGUUCUUCAACAGAAUGAACAGUGAGCUCUGCGAUUUUCAGUUGGAAAUUGUUAAAAUUCGAGGCAAACAGGACCCAGAUUCCCUUCUUAAAUUGAUGGUUGACACAAGUAUUUGUAAAAGGAACGUUUCGACUCGUGAGACUUUUGAAGAGGCAAAGAAACAGGCUCGACAAAGUGUACGGAAACUAGCAGAGUUCGAAAAUUCUGGUUUUGUCAUUGACGCCGAUGUCAAAUAUGAAGUUCUUGAGCACAUGGCUUCCUACCACGCAUUUGAAGGGGAAUGGGAGAAAAACUAUAGGGCAUUGCUGGAACUCGAGAGCCUGUCAAUAACUGAUGAGAAGAUUGUGGAUCUGCAGAUCUGUAUAGCAAGAGCAGAAAAUUAUGUGUCGGCAGGCAAUUUUGAGUGCGUUUUAAACCGUUAUUUAAAAGCUCUUAAACUUGCUCGAAAAAUCUAUCCCCCGGAUCACCAUGAAUUGGUUCGUGUUUUACAAUUUGUAACGAGUCAUUUCGUUAUUGACGGGAAGCUAGUCCAGGCACUAGAAUAUGCCGAGGAAUUGUUACACAUUGCCAAAAAACAACCUCAGUGCACAGAUUAUUACAUCAAGGGAGUAACAAGUGCACUUUCUACUAUUAGUUAUUUUGAGCCACAAAGGGCUGAAGAUACACUUCGAGGUAUUUUGGCAGACAGGUGGCCUCGUAUGUACAAUAACUUGCAGAGUGUAGAAUUUGACAAAGGAAUGAACGACAUUUACUUUUUGGUUGAUGAAAGCAGCUGUGAACAUGCAGCUAUGGUUCUUCUUGAGUUACUGAAAUGUUUCCGCGUUUAUCGAGACCAUGGAUACGAAUUUAAGAAGACAGACAGAACCUUUUACGUAAAUAUCGCAGAAAUGUUUGUGUUACUUCGAAAGAAAAUGUAUCGUGUUGAUAGCCACCCAGAAGUUCAAGAGGCGCACUCUUUUCUUGUGAUGGUACUCAAAUCCCUUGGACGUCAGAACGAGGCCCAAACAAUUGAAGAACGAGCGAGGCAGUGCAAUGAGAAACCAGUAUCCAACCGUUAUUUCGCAAGAACGCGUUGUGACACGAGGGUUGUCGAGGCUAAGACCAUUAAAGACAUUGCUAAUUCUUUUUUCAAGUCAGGAAAUUAUUCGAAGGCUCUAGAGCUUUAUAAUGAAGCCCUUAAACGUUUUCCAAACGAUUCUAAGGUGCUAACCAACAGAGCAGCGACGUAUGUGAAGCUUUCAGAGCAGGAGUGUUCUGCAGUCCAAACUAAACGGGAGCUUAUUGAACGCGCUUGUCAAGACGCAAAUAAGGCGAUAACUAUAGAUCCUUCUUGGGUGAAAGGCUACUACUGGAAAGCUGUUUGUCUCGCUAAACUUGGACAUCGAGGUCCAAGUCUUGCUGCAGCUGCUGUUGCCAGGUACUUCUUCCCAUCCCAAUGCUCUGGAAUACCAGCCGUCGUGGAGCACUACGGACAUUACAUUAUAAACGUGAUUGCUACAGUUGAUGAUCUCCUUCAAAUAGUCAAGAGAGAGACCGGAAGGAAUCUUGUUAUUUUGUUUAAGGAAGGCAGAUAUGAGUUAACGGAGCCACUGAAAGUUCCAGCGAACGCAUUAAUGGUUGGUAUGGGAAAAGUCCAAAUCAUCUGCACCAAAGGUGUUCUAUUGCACUUGGAUAAAACCGUUUACACUGAAAAAAUAGAACUGUCAUCCUCAGUUGAUUCAAUCAAAAUGCUGAAAGAAAAAGCUAAGGAGAGCCUCAAGCGUGGCCAAUUAGAUGAGGCCUUAUCUCACUACAGCAAGGCAUUAGCCAUAUGUCCAGAAGACGAACACCUCCUAACAGCUAGAGCGUCAACCUGCUUGAAAUCAGCAGAGGAAACCCGGAACAUAAAUGAGCGAGAAUCCUUAUUGGAGCUUGCGUUAAAAGAUUCAGAAUCUUCUAUCAGAGCGAAUCCUUCUUGGUUUCUUGGGUACCACGCCAAGGCAGCGACUUUAGCAGAGUUAGGAAGGAAACACGAAUCUUUGGCCGCUGCUGCUAUCUUUAAUCACUUGAGUUCUGGUCGAAAUGUUUCUUCCGUCAUUCAACGUUAUGGAGCGUUACAAAUCCAUGCUGUUAAAAGCUCACAUGAAUUGCGCAAUGUCCAAGAGAUCACGGAGCGUGAGGAAGUAAAUCAAAUUGUUCUGUUAAAAGAAGGGGAUUACCUAUUGGAAAAGACCGUUGAAAUGAAACCAGCAGUCGUUAUUGUUGGUUUAGGGAAAGUAACUGUUUCGUGCAAGACUGGAGUACCUUUUCACUUUAAAAAAGAACACCACGUCGAAAAGGUGGAACUUCUUCGAGGCUGUGUUGAGACGCUACAAUCACAAACAAUUACGAGUUCAACAGAUGACUCUGGUCAGGAAGACGUUAUAUCUUUGCCUGUACCCCCCGGCUAUGACAACUCAAGCGCCAACAGCGAGUGUAAGGUGAACUAA